AUGGCCCCCACAAAAGAAAAGUCCGUCGACGACAUGGACACGGCCAGCACGGCUUCAGGUGAAGAGGGCGCCGCGCCUCCCCCCCGCCGCGAGAAGAAGACCAAGAAGAAGAGCAAGAAGAGCAAGUCGUCGAGCCAGGCACUCGACCAGAUCCCCGGCGUGGGCGACGUGGGUGGAACGGCGGAGGGAGCCAUGUCUACGGUCUCCAACACGCUGGGCUCGGUCGGCGGCGGCGUCCUGGGAGGCGGCCAGAAGCAAGAGGGCGGCGAGUCGGGCGGCGGCGGCAAAAGCGACACGCUCCGUCUGCGUCUCGACCUCAACCUCGACAUUGAGAUCCAGCUCAAGGCGCGCAUCCACGGCGACCUCGAGCUCGCCCUGCUCACGGGAUAG